GGCAGUUGGCAGCAGCAACGAAGCGACCGGGUUAAGGAAGGCCGUUUUAUAGACGGCAGGUUCCCGAGCCCCGACGCGGAAUCACCCACCAAACCAAUCUUGGCUUCUCCAUCUUGUUCCGUGGGACCAAGGCCCAUGACCUCUCCUUCUUGCGUUCCUCUCGUACUCGCCGUCUAGUGUCCUGCUCGGCACUGAGACCGAUGCUAAUGGGUCCCAAGUUUAUUCUCGAUCACGCCGAUUACGGGCCACAGCUCAACGUGCUCGUGUGGCUGCUCCUCUCUCUGUCGGGCCUCUUCCUGUUCACCCGUCUCUACCUCAAGCACAGUCAGAAGCGGGGCCUCUGGUGGGACGACUGGAUCCUGCUGGCCUCCUGGCUCGCCCUGGCCGCAGAGGCCGGUCUGACUGCCUACCUCGUCAGCCUGGGCUACGGCAGGCAGCUCAUCCCCCUGAAGAAUCUUGCGCGCUUCGGCCUACCUUCCAACGUCCUGUCCACCCUGCUGAUCAUCUCGAACCUGUGGGGAAAGACGUCGUUCGGCAUGACGCUGCUGCGCAUCCCCGUCCGGCGGAUGAGGGUCUGCGUGUGGUUUAUCCUGACCUCGCUCACGGCCAUCUUCACGCUCAGCGUCGUUCUCGUCUGGGUCGACUGUCUCCCGUUCAGGACACCUAAGGCGUGCGUUCCGAUCGAUGUAUCGACAAGGUACAACGUUUUCUCCUGCGGUAAGGGGGUGUCGCAGUGCGGACUGGCCGCUAGAGGCAAGGGAUGGCUGACACCCAGGUCCCGUCAGUAUAUUCGGCUCUGGUGGAUGUGGCGCUCGCCUUCCUCCCUUGGAAAUACCUGCUGGGUCUGCAGAUGAGCAAGAAAGAGAAAAUCGGCGUCGUGGUAGCCAUGUCCAUGGGCUUGCUGUAGGUACCCGCUGUCCUCCUCAUUUGGCGGGUCUGUGUGGUGGCCGUUCUCGCUGACCGCGAGGGGCAGUGCAGGGGCAACAGCCGCCGUCAAGGCAACAACGAUUCCCAAAGUGAACGUUCCUGAUGCAAGUCAGUCUCGUCGGC